CCGGCCGCCCUGGGGGUGCGGCUGCACCGGGCCGGUAGGCUGAGCCGGACGGCUGUCGGCGACAUGCACAGCGGCUGGUGACAGCGUCUUCCAAGAAGUUGGGGACAGAAGGUACCGAGAAAAUUGCUCGCUCUCGCUCUGUCCUGACGGCUGGGAUGCACUGCCAGACCCACGCCGAGAGCCCGCCCGGAGACCGGGGACACCUUAUCCCUCUGGGGCCACCUCCGAGGACCACCGGGGACGCGGGGAAAAGACCGGCCAGGGGAACGUGUCCGGGAAAGGGAAGUAUUGACUGAGCAGGAACAACUUCUGCCCUCUCGCCCCGAGGAAACCUCGGCGAGCGGCGAGCCCCCCGCGGCGCGCUCCGCCUGACUCCAGCGGCGGUCACUUGCCUUGGCAGAUCCGGGAGCGGAUGGCUCCGGCUCUCCGGUGCUUCAUUGCAGAUGGAGGGGGAGAGAGGAGUCCACCGGGACCCCGGGCAGCUCCGGCCGCCGGCGGUAGGAUGCUGCGGGGCCCAGCCCAGGCUCGCCCCGGCCGCCCCACGCCCCCGGCGCUGCCCGCACCCACCUCGAAGAAGCCGACUCUGCCGCCCAUCCUGCGGGUUGUCACCAGGUUGCCACCGGGCUGUCACCGGGCUGUCACCGCGCCGCCUCCAGCCGCCGCGGCACCUUCCCCGGGCCCCCGCGCUGCGGCCAAUCGGGCGGCGCCCGCCCCCGCGGGGGGAGCUCCCGGCGGCAGCGCCGGGCAGGGGGAGGCGGUGCCGGGACCCCCGCCCCGCCCCGGGCCGGGCAGCUGCGGAAACAGCCCCGUACGAGGCCACCGGUGGUGCCCUCGCAGCCCCCAGCAGUGCGGGGACCGCCGGGACCUCGCACCAGCCAAGUUCUGCCACUCCCGAUGUUCAGAAACUGGGAGAGAAGAGUCAUAUUCCCUGACCACCUGGAGUGACGAUUCAGUGGCAUUUCAUUCAGAAGGGGGUGAUUUGACCAACGACAGAACUCCGCUGAGAUCCCCUCUGCUCUGCUCUGUUCCGGCUGCUACUGAGAAUUAAAUGCAUGACAUAAAAGCA